AUGUCUGGUAUUUUGAAUAUUUAUAAGGAGGACGUCCCAACACCCGCAGAACAAGACGCGAUUAGAUCUAUUGCAAAGCCUUUCCAUGCAAAAUCUGACGACGAACUUCGGGGUUUGGCUGGCGAGUUCCUUAGGAAUACGGAGUUAGAUGAAAGCCUAUUAGCUAUAUUCGAGAAGGGUGCAAUGCUGGCUCAGCAGCCUACCCGCUAUGAACAAAGGGGGGACGGCCUUGAUCUCACGGAGACUGAAGUAAGGACCUUGAGAGAUGAAAAGGAGAACAAAUGGAAUAUAUCAGGGACUCUACUCUCUCUGGUUAUCGUUUGCAGUAUGUCAGCAGCUGUCCAAGGCAUGGACGAAACUGCCGUCAACGGGGCGCAACUGUUUUAUAGUAAACAUUUCGGAAUCGAGGAUGAUGAACACCUUCUUGGCCUCUUGAACGCGGCUCCGUACCUAUCAUGCGCAGUGCUAGGAUGCUGGCUCACUAAGCCCAUGAAUAAAUAUUUCGGUAGGCGAGGAACGAUAUUUAUUGCAUGCAUUAUCUCGUCACUUUCCUGCCUCUGGCAAGGCUUUACGCAUACUUGGCAGCACAUGUUCUUUGCCCGGCUAGUUUUAGGGCUUGGGAUUGGUCCAAAAAGUGCCACAGUCCCUAUAUACGCAGCCGAAAGUAGCCCAGCAUCUAUAAGAGGUGCUCUAACUAUGAUGUGGCAGAUGUGGGUGGCUUUUGGGGUCAUGGUAGGGUAUUUGGCGGGCGUAGCCUUUCAUGAUAUUCAUUCAGAAAAGUUUCCAGGAUUGAAUUGGAGGUUGAUGAUAGCCAGUCCAAUGGUUCCUCCGCUAAUUGUUUGUGUUCAUAUAUUCUUUUGUCCGGAAUCUCCCCGAUGGUUAAUAAGCCAUAAACGUUUCAAAUCUGCCUUCGAAGCGCUUGAAUCCCUCCGGGGAACUAAGCUUCAAGCUGCGAGAGACCUACUCCAUAUCCAUUUCUCUCUCGAGGCCGAAAAAAUUGUCCGAAGAAGGCUAGGUGUAAUUCAACGUCGUAAAGAACUACUCACCGUACCCAGGAAUUGGCGAGCACUUCGUGCAAGUACUAUCGUUAUGGCGAUGCAGCAGCUUGGAGGUGUAAACGUUAUCGUUUAUUAUUCCUGCAACAUCAUUGUCGAGGCAGGAGCUUCUACUAAAAAGGCACUCCUACUCUCUAUGGGAUUUGGAAUUAUCAAUUUCCUUUUUGCACUACCGGCGGUGUGGACAAUUGAUACAUUCGGUAGAAGAAAUCUUCUACUAAUCACGUUUCCGAUGAUGGCAUUGUUUAUGCUGCUCACAGGGAUGGCAUUUUAUAUACCAGAUGUGGAUUCCAAAACUGCGGUGGUUUCUCUCGGUAUUUUCCUUUUUGGGAUGGCUUACAGUCCCGGGGAAGGACCUGUCCCCUUUGUGUACUCCGCUGAAUGUUACCCGCUUCAUCUCCGUGAUAUUGGCAUGUCCUGGUCCACCUCCGUGACGUGGUUUUUCAACUUUUUGGUUUCUAUGACACUACCUCUCUGCCUCAAACACAUGGGUGAGCAGGGUACGUUUGCAUACUAUGCUGGCUGGAACGCCAUUGGCUUCUUCCUUAUCUUUAUGUAUGUACCAGAGACAAAGGGAAAAACGCUAGAGGGUCUGGACAAAGUUUUCAGAAGGCGAUCCAGCGGGGAGAAUUGGAAAUCUUUGAAGGCGCUGUUUCUCAGGGGCCAGGUAAGGUCAGAUAUCGUUGUUGAUGAAGUUGAGCCCGAGCAGACGAAGAACCCGUACCUGAUGUAG